AAAAGAAAGCAGAUAACAAAAAGAACAGCCCCCCCUGAUAUUUAGAGGAAAGAGUGUUGUACUCUUCAUCAACCGGAGUCAUAGAAUUGUCCCAAUUCUGGUAAAACCAUUUUCUCCUAUAUCCCUCUCUUCUCUUUCUUCUUUCUUCUCACCCCCCGAUCUAUCAAGAAAACACCCUUCACACCUACUCUUUACCCAGUAACCCCAGAUCUUCAAUCCCACUGAAAUUCUUGUUUCAAUUUUCCCAGUUGAGCAGCAGCUUUUAGCUGAGAUUGAGUAUUUAUUAUGUGUAUGUAGAACUUGUGUACAUAUGAAAGAGUGACGAGUUGGGUUUAGGAAAUUUUUUUGAUGGAUACACAAAGCUGGAAAGAUGUGUACAGGGGCAUGUCAUCCGAUAACAUCAAGGGGUUGGUUCUUGCUUUGUCAUCAAGCGUAUUCAUUGGUGCUAGCUUCAUUGUUAAGAAAAAGGGGUUAAAGAAAGCUGGUGCUUCUGGUGUCAGAGCUGGAGUUGGAGGAUACUCAUACCUAUAUGAGCCUCUUUGGUGGGUCGGCAUGAUAACAAUGAUUGUUGGGGAGGUAGCUAAUUUUGCAGCUUAUGCAUUUGCCCCUGCUAUUUUAGUCACUCCUCUUGGUGCACUCAGUAUUAUAAUCAGUGCUGUGCUCGCUCACAUUAUUUUGAGAGAGAAGCUACACACAUUUGGAAUUUUAGGUUGUGCUUUAUGUGUUGUUGGGUCCACCACGAUAGUGUUGCAUGCUCCACAAGAACGUGAGAUUCUAUCUGUGACAGAAGUGUGGGAUCUUGCUACUGAACCAGCUUUUCUCCUCUACGCAGUGGUGGUGAUAAUAGCUGUCCUAAUUCUUAUAUUCCACUAUCUUCCACAAUAUGGGCAGACACACAUUAUGUUUUAUAUCGGAGUGUGUUCACUAAUGGGUUCUUUAUCAGUUAUGAGUGUCAAAGCACUCGGAAUUGCUUUGAAAUUGACAUUAUCAGGAACAAAUCAGCUAAUAUAUCCACAGACUUGGGCUUUUACUUUGAUUGUCAUUGUGUGUAUUCUUACCCAAAUGAAUUAUUUAAAUAAGGCCCUGGACACAUUCAAUACAGCAGUUGUCUCUCCUAUAUACUAUGUCAUGUUUACCUCUUUGACCAUUUUAGCCAGUGUAAUCAUGUUCAAGGACUGGGAUAGGCAAAAUCCAACACAAAUUGUAACAGAAAUGUGUGGCUUUGUGACAAUUCUUUCUGGGACUUUUCUUCUUCACAAAACCAAAGACAUGGUUGAUGGUCCUGCCAUGCUGCCUGUGCGACUUCCCAAGCAUGGUGACGAGGAGAAUGGUUUUGGACAAGAAGGUAUCCCUUUGAGGCGGCAAGAUUCCUUGAGAUUACCAUAAUGUAUGAUUCUUUUCUUUUCCUUCCUUUCCUAUUUACUCCCCGCUUCACCAACAUGUCCAACUGUUUUAACCACCCAAAUUCAGCUGCACCAUUCUCGUAACUUUUACUUCUCAGAAGAGACCACACUCAGAUUGUAUACUACUGGGGCACUGUUUUGUCAUAUUCAGCGAGGUAAAUGAAGGAAGAGCCAUUUCACAACGUCUUGGAACCAUGGAAAUACCAGAAAUUUGUUCAUGUAAUUGCAAAGCCUGUAGUUAAUCACACAUGAUCAGUUCCCAAUGUAUUUCCAAGCAGAUUUGGUUCCACAAGAACUUUCGUGACAUACCUGUAAAAAUUAUGAGUAUAUUUGAUUAUUCAAGAAGAACCAGAUCUGCUUGGUUGUGGCCCGAUUCAUCGUUCAGUCACACGAAUGAAACUAAGCUAGUUUGGCAUUUGUAUUAAUGGAAUUGGUUCUCACUUUGUAAUAGAGCAGGCAAAAUUAGUUCUAUA